AUGAACAGCUCUGAGGAGGCGGAGUGUGAGGCAGGCAGGAAGGCAGCGUGGAAAAGGCGGAGGAAAUGUAGAAGCGAACUGCCACAAGCCCUCCUGGCGACUGUAACGGACAAGUUAGUCAUCCUUGGUGACCUCAACGUCAGCGUCGGGACAGACAACGGUGCCUGGAGGGAAGUGCUGGGUCCAAAUGUAAUCGGCGGUUACAGAGACAGUGGUCUGCUUCUCUCGCGGACCUACGCAGAACACCGCCUACUCACCAAUGUGGAAGAAGGCGAUCUGGGUGUACCUGUGAUCGCGGCGUUGGCAGCUGCUCGACCAAGUUCUCGUCUGGCAGCCCGAUCUACAGCAUUCGCUGCUGUUUGCGAGGCCAACGACUGGAUGGAUCACCGUCUCGUCAUCUCCAGAACGAGGCCCCGACUGCGACCCCGCGGGAGCCCCCACGGCAAGCAACCACCUGGUAAGUUAAGUUAAAUGUGAUUAAACUCGCGUCGUCCGCCGGGGCCUCGUAGCUCAGUCGGUUAGAGCGUUGGCUGUACUAAAGCCGCCCCCUUACUGCGUGGGUUCGAAUCCCACCGACGCGCCGAGCUUUCACAGCUGGUUCAAUAUGAAAUAUUGUCCUGUCGAAUUUGUCUGCUCAGAGUUUGCAUUUAAGCAACCCAUUAGAAUAGCGCUUAGAAGAAAUGGCGACCUCGAACGACAAGGCCACCGUGAAGAUUCGGUGGUCUCAACUGUGGAAUGCUAUCCGAUCCACCGCCUUGGACGUCCUCGAACGCACACGUCGCUAAAACCAGCACCGGCUUUAGGACAACCUGAUUGCUGAAAAGAACAGGCUGCACAAAACCCACACUGACCGUCGGCGAGACGCAUACGAGAACGUCAUCCCGCACAGUAGUGACUGAGAGACAUGCAGAACGCCGGGAUAACUCCGAAGGCCGAGGAAAUCCAAGGGUAUGCGGAUUGCAGUAAAAGACAAAACUUCGCAAUAAUCAAGGUAAUCUACAGCCCAACAGCUAAAGGAACCAGGCCUUUUUCGGCUCCGGUGAAAAAACUCGUUUAACCAAGAUGUCGCAGAUUUUGAAGUGCUGGGUCGAGCACUUCAAAAGUGCCCUCAACCGCCCAUCUACAAUCUCCGACGCCGUCAUUGUCUGACUCUGUCAAAUGGAAAGGAACAACGGUAAAAAUCGGGAGAUGGCACCCAAAAGAUCCGUUACCUAGAAAUAAUACCUCUAACAGUGGACUCAAACGCCCUCAUGCUAUAUCAGCUGUUGCAGGCCCACUUUCACGCACUACUUGGACUUUCCCCGACGGCAUUACAUGGGCUGGCCGAACGAACAUCGCAGGAGGUUACAUGAACGAUGGUCGCUGUUACCCAACCUUCCCUAUCGUUACACACGUUCACCUGAAUAUACGGCAUACAUUCGCAUUAUGGCAGUUUAUUACAAAACAAUAUCACUUUUAAAUAGGAUAAGUCUGCACAACAUGGGACAGGAACAGUUCCCGGGCAUCUGUCAAAGACGUGACAUUGAGGCCAAACCAAGGACGAUACUGUACUUCUUCUAUGUGAGCCCACACAGCUCGACCACAUACAGGGCCUCCCUCGUGGAGUUUCCUUUUCAGUCUACUCCAGUAUGCCUCAAUGGCAUUGGUGUGCUGUCCGGUGGUAGGGUCCUUGAAAUUCUUUGAGUGGUUAACAGUGAAAUGUAGAUAACCUUCUGAGGGAAGACGAUUAUACGCCUUCCACUCGUCCGUUACCACUAUACUGCCUUUGGCGACCCAUUUUGUAUUAACAGAACGGAGAGCGGGCCAACUUCGAUCAUUCAUCUGUUCAAAUAAGGCUUUCCGUCGGCUAGUAUCGUACAUCCGACCAGCCACCACCCAUAAAACCCCUAUUACUACCUGUCCCGUAAGACAGGCUGCUUUGGUUAGGUGGAUUUUUUGGGUGCCAUCUCCCGAUUGUUACCGGAACAACGUCCUGGAUCUGCCACCUUCUCUCCCAGAAACGGUCCGAACCGUGCAUCAACCCUCCAGCGGGAAAGUACUGGGACCCAACGCGACCCCGGCAGGAGUUUACAAGCACGGCGGUCCCGGCUGGUAGACAAACUUAAAAAACUAUUCUAGAAGAUGUGAUGUCGAGAACAAGUUUCUCAGGAUUUCAACGAUACAUUUAUCUCGACAAACGAAAAGGGAUCCGCCAACUGUGGGACAAUCACAGAGGGAUCUCGCUGCGCAACACCGCUGGGGAGAUCUUCGCUCGCAUUCCCCACAACCGUCUCAACGGCUUUCUCCAGCAGGAACUUCUCCAAGAAAGCAACUGUGGUCUCCGGCGUCACCGCAGAACCACCGACAUAAUCUUCGCCGCCCGCCAGCUGCAAGGGAAGUGUCAGGAAAUGCGGACCCACCUCUACACCACCUUUGUAGACCUGACGAAAGCCUUUGACACAGUGAAUUGCAAUGGACUCCGGGCAAUCAUGCAGAAAUUCGAUGUCCUGAGCGAUUAA